AUGCAAGAGGAUGAGCGCAGGGUCAACCGGCUGUUCAGAGAGGCAGCCUCAAAGGGCAUACCCAUCCGAUCCUGCUCCAUGUCUGGCCACCAGCUUGAACAGGCCAUGCUGUCCAGCCUCUAUUUAGUCAUCGCCCUUGUGGACAAGAGAAAGUUAAACACCUGGUUUGGGGUCACCCAGAUGUACGGCCCCAAUCUCUGUUUUCUGGCCAGUGGGUACACAGGCCACUAUGUGGUGAUCUGUGGAUUUGACUGCAGUCGCCAGGCCUUCUUGAUACAAGACCCCGCGCGCUCCACGCCAUCGGGGAUUUGGGUGGCAGCGGAGGUGCUCGAGCAGGCGAGGAAGUCGUUUGGAACGGACGAGGACUUACUAGUUAUUUCCACUCAAUCUCUGGAGGCCAGUCAGCCCUGCACUGUCACCAGUGGCAUGGCUAUGGGUGGUGGCGAAGGGGGGAGGGAAUGGUGA